GAAUAGGUCAAGUUGCCUCUUGAAGGACUCCUGAGAAGUCGCUUGGACUAGCUCGGCCGGCAGCGAAUUCCAGCUUUUGACAACUCUUAAGGAGUAGAAGUUGUGUCUACAUUCCGUCUUCGGAGUUGUCCAAGUCAUCAUAUCAGAGGCUUGCGUGCUAGGCUGUGCUCUGUUGAAUGCUUUUCCAGUUUAUGUUGUCAGGGUAAAGUCAGUUAUACUGUUGGAGUUGAGCAACAAUUUUAGCGGUCCUGAGAUUGGCCAAUGACAAAACUAAGGAUUUAUUGCUAAAAAAGUAGUGAAGACCAAAUAUGUAUCAUCUUUUUAAAUAGUUUCUUAGUUCAUCAGGGUCCGUAAUCGGUCUUUUUAAACGAUGAAACAGACUUCCGCUAGAGAUACUCGUUCGAGAGAUCAGUUUAUGCCUAGCUAGUCGAACGAGUUAAAUAGUUUUGUAAAUAUAUGGUAAAUUUUACGAUAAUUGUAUGCGAAAGUUCUGAAAGACACUAAAUGAGAUCCUUGAUAUUUAAAGGCGAUUUAUACGACAUAAGUGUUUAUUUUUCACUGCACCAACGAAUACAUGGUCCAGUUGAGUUUAUUUUGUUUGGAUUUACCCCUUCAUCCCAUUUGCUAUUGGUUGUGAUAUCAAAACUAUUCAUUUUGCUUUGAGGUGCAAUAAAGCUCCGUGGUUAUGCAACUUAUGUUAACAACAUUUCUCUUUCACCGCCUCAAACAUUAUAUGUUUGACAUCAAAGUGGUGCGGAUGUUUCACGUGUCGUGUAUUUGCGUGACGAGAUAUUUGUCACCAGUACGCUCAUUUAUCCUCGUCCGGCUUUCUACAUUAAAGUUGGGUUUUCAGGGUAAUAAGUUAGAGCAUAGAUUGUGCGAACAUUGUCUUAGAGAUAACUUGAAUGCUGUUUCGUAUCAACAUUGGUCGAUACUUAUUUGCGUUUGUUGCAAAAUUUGAAACUACUUGAUCCAAGAUUUCUGCUGUAUAUCAGUCGAGUCAGUGAGUUAAUCAUAAACACCAUGAAACCUAGCACAAAUACGCAUUAAUCCGUGUUGCCACAUCGUAGUGCAUUAAAAUUAAAUUAUCAAUAAUAUAAAUAGGUUGGGAUGUCUGUAAUGACUGGUUGAUGUUAAUUUAUGGUUUUAUUACGGUGAAAGGGAAAUCAGUAGUCCAUAACGAAUAUCAUCAUGUACUCGGAAUCUUCCUUCAUCCUCCAGAUUAUGUGCUGAAAGCUUAUUAAAACAAAUUUAAGUAAUGCUACUUCUAGCUCUACUGUUAACCUUAUGUUUUAGUUAAUAUUCAUUGUUUUCAGCAAAAUUCACCAAGAAGAUCCCAGGUUCCCAAGUCGUGCUGGUUUGGAUGACUGUGGGUUAUUAAUAGAGGGUUCUAUUACUUCACCACCCACCUCUCCACCUCCUGAGAAUCCUCAAGUACACCAUAUUUCCAAGUCCUCAGAUGAAGAGGUUACUGAAGAAGAUGACGAAGGUGAGGAUAAUAGUAGUGAUGGGAGUGAUGAACGACAAUCACCAAAAGCUGAUCAUAGUAUGAAUCCAAAUCCAUUAAUGAACAACUCUUGUGCAAGUUCGUGGCUUUUCAAAGCACAAAAUUCAUUGAAUCUUCCACACACUCCUCCAAUGCCGUUUCGUAGUUCUGUUUCCAAAACCAGGUUGGCUGACCAGUCUUUAACAAGUGCUCCUUUACUCAGUGUAAGUUUUUGAGCUGUGUAGUUAUCUCAUUCGCCUUAGACAUGAAAUUACCUUUUCCUUGGUUAAAGUUCAAAUUUGAUUGUGUGUUUAAGCGUAUAAACUUUGUGUAGAUGUGAUUAUCAUGAUCAAGUAAGAGCUAGGUUGCAAGUUACAAAUUAAAUACAUGAUUAGCCAAGCAGUAGUUUACUUCUACAUGAAACACGGUAAAUGUUAUAACAAUGUUUCUAAAAAUUAAUAAAAUUUUCUUUUGUAGGGUUUGUGUGGUAGUCUUCUCUCUGCAUACUCGAAUAAUGACGAAGAUUACGACCAACUUAAUCGAUCGUCAGAAAACAAACAUACUGAUUCUAAUACCCAAGUUAAUUCCGAUCACUUAUCGUCUGUUGGAUCUAGCUUCUGCUCUGAGUCGUCUGAGUGUUUACAUGCUCUACCUGUAGAAUCUAACCUACAAGAAAAACCAUCAGAUGCUUCACAUAAACUCUCUUCAGUUGUACAAGAUGAAAUACAAGAUAAUUCUCUUCCAUGGAAUGAGGCGACUAAAAUGCCAAUCGUCAACUCGGAAACAUUGGAAGACACGAUAGCUCAGUGUGAUAAACCAGAUGAAGUAUCUAGCAGUGGUAUUAAACCUUCAGUUUCCAAUGUAAACCGAAAUGAUUCGCCUUCCAGAAGAUUAGAGCUCGACACAACUGGAGAUGAAAGUGAUUUGGCUGGUUGUCAAGUUCUGAGACCUAUUGGUCAACUUGAAGCAUUUGUACAAAACUUAAAUUCUGAAGUUUCUAGCUCAGUAACGUCUGUACCAUUGCACAGUGGGUCUCCAAAAUCCACAAGCGACCCAUCUGCUCAUUUGAGUUGUGUAUCAUCUAUGGAGGACCUAAAUCAUCAGGUAAAUCAAAUUUAUAUUCCUAAUUUUUAUGUGUUUGGAAGAUAGUUCUACUCUUGACAGCAUGAUUAUCGUAGUUUAGGUAAAAAAUGAGUCAGUAACCGAAAGAUGACAUCCUAGUUUAUGUGAAUUCCCUCUUUCGUAAAAUAUCGGAUUUAACCCCGACUAAGAUUAUCUUAUUAUAUAUCGUAUAAAUUAGAUUAUCUUUUUGAAAUAUAGUCACCUAAAAAGCUUCAGUGCAUGUUUUCGAAUCUCUAAUGAUCCUCAAUUGUAAAAAUCGCAGCAGCAAGUCUUAAAAGUCUAAGUCGUUGAUCUAAUUUACUGUAGUGUAUGGUCAUGAAACCUAAUAAAUACUUCUGUAAAGUACAUUACUCCAGUUGGUUUGAAAUUUGAUUUUUCAGUUUCAUUCUUACUGUUAUGGUUUCUUCGUUAGCACCAAAAAUUCAUGUUAGAUUUACUUAAAUCUCCCAAAAUAACUUGUAAGACCUAUUUUCUCUCAUUUGUUUUUUGUAACUUUAGAUUUCGUGUUUUUAUUUUCAAACUGCCUGUUUUUUCUUAGCAUUCAUAAGAUGUCCUCCUUAUCAACUUGUCGAUGUCUGUGUUAUCUCGUCACCGUUUUCAAGAAUAUCAGUCCCUAAGUAGGAUAUAUGAUUAUGUAUUUUCCAUCUUUAUUUCUGACGUUACUGACCUGAGUUCGGUUUAAACACAAUAGAGUCGCAUUACCAAAAUUAUCUGGUCAUUGUAUUUAUAGACUGUUUUUAUUUUCUAGGGAUCAAUUACUUCAUCUAACUCACUCUUACCUGUUUUGGUUGGGGUUAGACGUCCCCGUUCACCAGGAAUGGAUUCUAGUGGUAGUGAUCCUAAUGUUUCAACAAGCAAAGAUGCAGAUUUGUCAGAAAGUCCCGCCAAAAGACGUAGACUUCCGUCUUCAGAUUUAACUGAAACGGUAGAAUCUAGUACAGAUUCAUUAGUAAGUUUUGGUCAGUGAAUUGUGAUACGAUGUUUUGAUAACUAUAAAUUCAAUAAAAGUUUGAGAUUAUGUCACUUUCUAGUUCCGAAGGUGAUAUAUUUUCCAUCGAAUUCUUAUUGUUUGCUUAGGUUCGGGCUCCCGGUGCAGUAUUCCAGCCCUCACACAUAUCGAAUGAUUUGUGUGGCGCGUAUGCAUUUGGUGCCUUCUUGUAUCAGUGUUUAUGUGUUUAAAUAAUGAUGGUAAAUAAGUGAUAAUUAGUUACUUGAGAUUAUUUAUUGUUACAUUCGUUUAUACACUUUUGAUUAUGAACCCUAAUUUAUAUUAUCUUUAAACUAUUUUUAGUUUCCAAAUCUGAAAUGUUAUUGUUAGCCAUCCGUUCGCACCCAGUAAUUUUUCUCCUGAUGUCGAAAAAAUAGUUGCUGUGAAGAUGACAUCGUUCUUGCUAUGUGUGUAUUAUCUAAGGCAGGUUGUUUAAUUAAUCAACUACCAUUACAAAUAAUCUCUUAUUAAAUGAACAUAUGUUUCAUUUCAAAUCGGAAAACUAUGCAUGUAGCAUCAAAACAUCGACAAAUCAUAAGCAUUUAAAACCGAUGAACAAAGUUGGAUUCAAGUUCACCACUCGGUUCUCUUUUGUUUUAUUCAGAUCUUUUAUUUAAAAUUUUAUGAGUUGUUUUAAUGUACUUGUGUAGUAGAAAAAUAAAUUCAGAGGAUUUAUUUUUUAGAUUUCAGUCUAUGAUUAUAUAAAAUAAUAGUCUGGGAAAUGUUAACAUUUUCAAAUUUAGCCAUAAGUGCAAAGUUAAUGCCAUUCAGUAGGUAUAUUCUUACUAUAAUCUAUGCAUUUGAGACUGUCUAACGUAUUUAUAUCAAUCUUUUUUUCGUUCCAACAGGUUGGCAUUAGUUUCCAGAUUGUGACUUCAUCAUCUUUGGCACUGAAUGAUUCUCCUCCCAUUAUUAUGUGUAAUCCUACGAAUCAAACUCGUGAUAUGGAUUCUGGUGAAUGCAUUUUCGAAGCUUCAGAAAAUCCUAGUUCUGGUCAGUCUGUAGUCGAUCCAAUCUCAGCUAGUGAUAACAUAUCUAACUUACAUGAAGUAGUGAACAUUAGUUUCGCACAAAAUUCUGAGUCAAGUUCAGAAUCUGUAGAAGGAAGUGAGACAGUUUUGAUAAACAAUGAUAAUAUUGGUCUAUCAACUGUAAACUUGUCGAAUAUUAAUUCGGAAACCGGAGAGGAAGAGUCAUAACAUCUCUUUUUUAAUCAUAACUACCAAUGUUUUCUAGAAAAAUAUUGUGGUUUCAAGAAAUUUCAUAAAAAUACUUUUUAAGUGUAUAUCAUAUUACUUUUAUUAUCGUUGUAAAAUUUUUGAACCUGCUUGCUUUUUUCAGAUUUUCUGAUUGUAAUAGUUAUUUUUAAUAUUAUUUCGUUAGUCAAGCUUGAUGCAGUGUACUAUUCGUAACUAUGUCAGUCUUUAAAAUUGAUAGAGGGCAAUCUCAUUUAUCGGUUAUUUUGGUGUUUUAAGUGGCUUAUUUUGUUUCUCAUUGUAAAUCUCACUCUUAAACAACUAUAUCGUUUAGUUUCGAGACGAAAGAUGUUAUCAUUUGACAAUUUGAAUCUUAUUUUACUUUUUGCCGACAGUCAAUUUAAUAACAUUGUAUCACACAAAUUAAAGAGUUCCUAUCAGAACUGUAAGGAUUUACAAGUUUUAUAAUAAAAAAUGCUAGGUUAUUGUCACCAUUAUUUUUGUAUUUAAAUUUUACAUACUUGGGAGAUGAUCUAACUUAGAAAAAAUCUUGUAAGCUAAGAUUUUAGUUACUUGACACUUAAAAAUUCAUUUGGAUUUCGAAACGUUGAAAAGUAAAGGCACCGAUGUGUUUAGCCAAUUAUUUUUUUAUUACGUUAGUUAUAUAUAUCUUGGGACGUGAUAUAAAUGCGUGUCGCUCCGAGCUAUCACACCUUAGUAAAGCAUAGAAAAAUAAAUAAUUAACCAAAGUCGAAAACGCAAAGAAGUGACAAUGAUAAAAUCUAUUUCAUUGAAAAAUGAAGUACUAAGACAUAUAGUUCAAAAGGAAUAAAUUAGGACGAUAAAUGACAUAAACGCAAUCCAUACCACUCAUUGUUUGAAGUUAUAGAUUAUGGUUGUAGUUUUGACACCAACUAGUAAAUCGAUAUCUCCUUACACGGAUCAGAUCAGAAUUCAGUGUCUCAAAAUAACCAUCUAAAGUUGGCUCAUGUUCAGAGAUUCUUUUUGUCUCAUAAUAUGUAGGUGUACGUUUCAUAUGUGGUAAAAUUGAGAUGUUACAUUGAAGACUAUUCAACUUACAACAAAUCUUUAAGCAUCAAGGAGAACGCAUGUCAAUUGCGUCAAGAAAUAAUAGAAGACAGUUAUGAGUAAAAAGGAAAUGGUCAAAUAAUAUUACAUAGAUGUAACGUCCGUCGUAUAAUAGAAAUUGCUCUAGGUUUAUUGUGCUUUUAUAGCAUUAUCUUCGUAUGUAUUGUGGAUUCUUGCUUUGAGAUUGAAAACAUUUCAACUAUUUGUAAGUUUGUAUUAUCCUAUAAAAGCUCCCAAAACGGUUGUGUUUAGUAAAUAAUCAUUCUUCACAUGUGUUUAUCAUAUCUGUUAAACGUGGUUGCCCCAAAAUAUGCUAGGAGUCUUAUAUCAAACUAGCUAUAUUUUUCUCCCUAUUUCUCCACUCAUAAAGUAGUUCCUUAAUGAUUGUAAAAUUGAUGUUCAAAUUUGGGUAUGUCAUUAAAUAUUUAAGAGUAAUUUAACUGAACUUUCGGCGGACCAAUGAGGUAUAAAAUAACUGAUCUCGGAUUUCGGCGCGACAUUCACUCAUCCAUUUGGCUAAAUAAAAUUUUGGCAUUAUGGAUGGUGUCAGUUCGUGAUGAAAACCCUAAAUCUAAUUCCUAACCCUAACCAUCAACCGUAAAUCCUAACUCUAAUUCCUCACACAGGUUUAUAACCCUCAUUUGGUCUUAAUCACUAGAUGGGCACCCUCAGGAUCACUUUAACGUCGCUCAAAUAUCGUCCAUAAAUUCUAGUUUCACCGAACUUUCUAGUCAGCUCACGGUAUACUGUUAAAUCAACUGCUCUCACUCACUGUAGGUCGAAUCAAUUUGAUUAUGAAUGUAAUUACAGUGCUGUGAAUUCUUACAUUUUUUUAACCAUUAUGGUGUUUCUUUAAUAUUAGUUUCUUAGUAAGAUAGGUAGUAUUAGACAUAAUUUCAUUAUGAAUGAAAUCUCGCUUCGUCUCCUAAGUUUCCACAAACUGAGCACUAUGUAAUUUACAUCGAAUUGAUUUUGGUCACUUCACCAAAAUUCUCCGAAAUCAUACGGUCAGAAUAAUCGGUUCAAAGGGGAUACAAAUGGGGGACAUAUAUAUAUCAGAGGCUAUAGCUAUUUACCGACUCAGGCCUAAACUUUGUAUACAAAGCAGUUGAUCAAUCCCUCAUUCUACCAUGGUCUUAACCUUCAUUUCUGCAUCCCAUAGUCUAUCGUUUUUCCUACUCUUUCCCAAUUAUUUUUCAUAACUAUCAAUUAGUCAUUAUUACAACUUUCAAUUAUUCUUUUCUUAAUAUCCAUCAAGUGGUCAGUUAUCUUCACCUUAACAUUUCUCAUUAGCCGUUGAAUUGUUAUGUAGCUUCCUUUCAAUAUCUGAGUUUUGUAAACAACUUGCGACGCGAUACUAAUUCAAUUUGACAUCACUGACUGACAACUUCUGGUUGUCGACAGCAGUCAAUCCAUGUUGUAAAUUAUCUUCAAACCAAUAUCGUAUGUUAAACAUUUCAGGAAUAUGGUUUUUAAUCAGUACCUAUCUUCUAAUUAUGAUUCAUUGAUUCCUAUCCCAAUGUUAUUCAUCCCUAAUGAUAUUACAUUGUUUAAAGAAUACAUUCAUUAUUUUUUAGUCUGGGAUUUAUCACCGUACUGGUAAUUACUAAGCAAUGAAGGCCUUCUGUAUUGUGAAUAGUUUCUACGACAGAUAUAAUUUUUUCUUUGGUUUUCAAGGAGAACAUGAACAAAGAGAAUCAGUAAGUAACAUCCAAUAAUGAGAGUAAAUUAAUUUGUUUAUUGACAAAUUUUCAAAAUAAAACUUGACAUCAAUACACGUUUUAUUGCCUCAGUGUUCGUAUUGCUAUUUUUCUACGACAUAGAUUACAAUAAAAGUUUUAAUCUUUUUGAUUCCAUGUUCCUCUGUGUAGUAUACCAGCACAAUUAUUGCAUUUAAAGCAAACUAAAUGAAAGAAAUUAACUCUUAUUUCAAGGUGUUCUGCCGGAUAUGCUGGUUAUGAACAUGUUUCACAUAUUAAGAGUCCAGCCACCUGACCAUCUGAUAGUGAUUCAAAUAAACUGUGACAAUUAGUGGAGGUAUUGUGACUUUUGUUUCAAGUUGUGGAUGAUAAUUACUGACUAUAUCUUUUAGUACAAUGACUGAACUAAAAUUGUUCAACUCGCACAAAUUUCUUUUAUCUUAAUGCUCUUUCGAUUAUGAUUCACUAUUAGGGAUAGUUUCUCUCGAUUUAUCACUGAGUAUAUCCUUGAAAUUUGAUAAAUUGAAUUGGUGAUGCUCUGGUAUCUGUGAUUGAAAAUAAUCGGAUUGUGAUAUUUCACCAAUCGAUAGGGGGAUUUCUUGAUCUAAGUCAAUUAAUGUAUUAAACACAAGGUUAUGUAAAUGUUACCAAACUGUCAUUUCAGAUACCGUAAGAGAUUCUUUUGAAAUUGAUGCAACAAUUCUAUUCUGGUUAUAUACGUCAACAACCUGAUCCUUAUUAUGAUUUUUCAUUGUUGUAUCUGUAGAAUCGUUCAUCAUUUGGGCUUUGUUAUUAAUCGAUUCAGUGGAGUCAUCUUUAUUUACUUCAAUCGUUUCAUUCAAUGGAAUAAUUUUCAACUUAUCAAUUAUAUUAUUCUCUUUUUGUGAAGCACCUUCAGAUUGUGUCAGAUUUUUUGUCUUUGCUUUAUUAGACUUCAAUGUUGAAAAUAUACUUGAAUUUUUAACAGUUGAAGAUUUAUCAAUUGCAGUCUUUCUUUUAUAUAUUACUACCAUUGAAGUAACUACUUCUAUGAAUUCAGUGAUCAUCUUGUUGUGCUGAUGAGGUGUGGAAACUUGAACCAAUGAAUAUAUGCUCCUGGUUCUACGUUUUAGCUGACUUAUUGAUGUCUAUCAAUAAUAUAUCAUGUGUUUGAUGAUAAGAAUAUUUGGCACAUAGAGCAAUCCUUUUGCUGUUUGUACGUUUAGUUAUCAUAGUUGGGAAUGUUCUGUGAAAAGUGUGAUCAUUUAGUUUAGAGAAGGGUAGUUCUUUCAGUUAUUCUAUAGGAGUUAUUCGUUGAUUAUAUAAUGGACAUCGUUUAGUAUUGCCAUAAUAUAAGUAUGAUUGGUAAUAAUUGUUGACAAUUUCUAUGCUGUUGCUUACUCUUAUCAUAUUUAUUGUACACCAGUAAAGUUCCAAGCAUUUGUAAAAAGAUAAUUGUGCUUUUAAUAAUCGACGUUUUUGUAAUAUAAUCAGCUUGAUACAAUUAUCAGUUUGUUUCAAUUGAAUAAAAUAGUCUUUCUUGUACAUAUACAUGAAUCAUACCAAAUACAAAUGAAUUUCUUUAUAGCAACU